AUGUCGGGAUCAGGCUCUUCGUCAAAAGCAAAGCUUCUGGGCCGCUAUCCCGAAGUGGUUGCGCGUCUUUCGCGGACUGGACGAUCUGCUUCUCAGCCACGCGCGCACUCCAUGCGUGCAGCUGAGAUCAUUGAUCAAGCCGACGGCUUCCUCGCCUUCAUUCGGUGGGCGCAAGUCGACAUGUAUGCAUACAACUUCUUAAAUGGAGGCGUCAGGUCGGAAAAGUCUCUCAAAUUUACUGGAAUCCAGCGUCGUGAACUCGGAGCUCUGGAGGAGAAAGACCUUGUCGAAAUGCUCGGUAAUAUACCCGUACUCGCCCUUGGAUUGGCCUUGAAAUUGAGGAGGACCACCAAAAUACACCAGCGUGUCGCGGGCGGGUCCGAGAUUAGCGUGAAUUCAUUGCUCAAAAGAAGAACCAGGUUCUCGGACAUAGCAUUACUCGGAUCGUGA